CACACGUCACAAUGACGUUAUCUGUAUACGGAAGUAUUGUGUGAAACCGAAGAGGGAGCAGGAGCUGUUCGGAAGAGUUCAAUCCCGGAUCGUGAAAUUCAAAAAGAAAGCAGCCCUCCCUGUCCCUAUCCUCCUCUCUCUGUCUCUCUCUGCGGGUGAGCGAGGGAUGUGACCAUGGGCCAGACCUUGUGCGUUUGCUCCCGAAGCGCCAUCACCAUCGACAACAAAAGAUACUACUUCAUCCAGAAGCUGGACGAAGGUGGGUUCAGCUAUGUGGACCUGGUGGAGGGCGCACAGGACGGGCGCUUCUACGCCCUGAAGAGGAUCCUGUGCCACGACCGGGAGGCGCGGCAGGAAGCGCAGACGGAGAUGGAGAUGCACCGCCUGUUCAGUCACCCCAACGUCCUGUCGCUCGCUGGCCACGCCUUCAUGGAACGCGCCGGCAAGACCGAGGCCUGCCUGCUCCUCCCCUACAUCAGCAGGGGGAGUCUCUGGUCGGUACUGGAGAAGCUGCGGGACAAGAACAGCUUCAUGCCAGAGGCUCGGAUCCUGCACAUUCUCCAUGGGAUCUGUGCUGGUCUGAAGGCCAUUCAUGACAAAGGCUACGCACACAGAGACAUGAAGCCCACCAACGUGCUCCUGGAGGAGGACGACCGCGCCGUGCUGAUGGACCUGGGCUCUAUGAACCGAGCGCGCAUCGAGGUGCGGGGCUCGCGCGAGGCCAUGACUGUACAGGACUGGGCGGCUCAGAGGUGCACCAUCUCCUAUCGAGCUCCCGAGCUCUUCAGUGUGGAGAGCCACUGCAUCAUCGACGAGCGCACAGACAUCUGGUCUCUGGGAUGCGUGCUGUACUGCAUGAUGAUGCUGGAAGGCCCGUUUGACCUGGUGUUUCAGAAGGGUGACAGUGUAGCGCUGGCUGUGCAGAACCCUGUCAACAUCCCCCAGCCCUGCAGGUAUUCCCAAGGCCUCCAGACCCUGCUGGGCUCCGCCAUGGUGUCCAAUCCCCAGGAGCGACCCGACAUCAACUGGGUUCUGGAGCAGGUCCGGCACCUGCAGACCCUGGAACUGGUUGCCAGCGCUAACAUGGUAUGAUGGUUCUGCAGGGGGACCCAUGUCUGGUUCCUCUCCCAUCUCUGGACUUGCAUCGGCAGGACACACCCCCUCACCCUGCCACUCCCCUGUCCCCUUCCCCUACCCUCGACAGCAUGGCUGCCCAGAAUCCUCCUGGUGUUACAAACGCAACAAACUAAGAAAAUGCAACUAACUAACGAGCGGAUAUGCAAUGCUCCUUCUGUUUACAAACUUAGUUGGGUGAGUGUGAGUAAUCACUGUAGCUGGACUCUGGAACUCUGGGUAAUUCCACACUUGCUUGCUGCUCACGAGGUCCACGGAUCACACAGACCUCCAAAUAGGAAAUGAUUAUUUCGAUUUUUGGUCAGAUUAGUGCACUCGCACACCGUGCCGUCUCUAUACUGUCACCAGGAGUCAUCAUGUAGCCAUGGAAACUGCUGGUUGUCAGCACA